CAAGAGAAAGGGGCGAGUGUGGAUUGCCAACCAGUCAAAUUCUUUUUGAACUGACAGACGCAGAGGGGCUGUAAAUCAGAAGGCACUUUUUGAACAUCUGAAACACUACUUUGUAACUCAUCCAAACAGAGCACCAACUGAAACAUUUUGAAUGAAACUAACUAUGUCCAAUCUGAGGAGCAUACUAGGGCAAGGACAUUUCAUCACACUGGUGCUGCUGUCAUGGGCCGCUGUGGAGGCGCAGAGAGGCUGUCCACUGAAAUGCUCUUGUCCUUCCUCGCCCUCCUCGUGUCCUCCUGGUAUCAGUUCGGUUCUGGACUCAUGUGGGUGCUGUCGGGUCUGUGCCAGGCAGUUUAACCAAGACUGCAGCCCUGCCGAGCCCUGCGACCAUAUCAAAGGACUGCGCUGCCACCUAAAGGCCGGUGGAGACCCUAACAGAGGCUUGUGUAGAGCUGAGGCUCAGGGUCGCCCAUGCGAGCUGGAUGGACAGGUCUAUCAGCACGGCGAGGACUUUCAGCCAACUUGUGAGCAUCAGUGCACGUGUGUUGAUGGAGUAGUCGGCUGCAUCCCACUGUGCCCACACCACAUCUCUCUACCCGACUGGCGCUGUUCCCGCCGCCGCCUCACCAAACUGCCCGGCCGCUGCUGCCAGGAGUGGGUGUGCGAUGAUGACAACCGCAUUGCUGAAGUGGAGCUGUUGCCUGAUGCACAUCCACAAGAGCACACAGACCUAACAGGCAACGAGUUACUCGUAUCUACUUCUUGGGACAGCAGUGCAACAGCCCCUUAUCAAGAGUGGAUUUCAUCCUCUAAGUCCCACCCCAUCCUUUCACCCUCCUGCUUACUGCAGGUCACUGAUUGGUCCCCGUGCUCAGCCACCUGCGGAAUGGGCGUGUCCAGCCGUUUAACCAAUAGUAAUCCUGAGUGUCGGCUCGUCAGGGAAACUAGGCUCUGUCAGAUACGAGAAUGUGGCGUCAACCCUGCAUUAUCACUGAAGAAAGGAAAGAAGUGUCAGAGAACCACACGUUCACCAAAAUCUGUGCAGAUCGUAUUUGCAGGAUGCUUCACUGCUCGCCGCUACCGGCCUCGUUCAUGUGGAUCCUGCUCAGAUGGUCGCUUCUGUGUUCCCUCUGUGACACGUACAAUCCCUCUACACUUUCACUGUCCUGAGCCAGAACGAGACGACCUUACCCGCAAUGUCAUGUGGAUACAGCGCUGCAGCUGCAGUCAAAGAAACAGCAGACAGGGCCUGCCAUCACAAGCGGAGUUCUUCAAUCUGCCAAAUGAUAUACACACAUACACACACUGACGUUAGCUCAAGAGCACAUUCAAAAGCAUUUUCUCACUUUUCUACCUACUGUACCAAAUUUUCUGUGGAAAUGUUUUAGCCCAGGAUUCAACAAAAUGUAUAAAGCUUAGAAACAGGUUUGUCAUUGCUGUUUUAUCAGGUAUGCUGUAGUGACACAGGGGAAAAACUAUGACUGUAAAGCAGUUGUUUGAGGAAAAACAUACCAUAGUAUAAUCCAUACCAUAAUGUAGCGUGCACACACACAUACUAAUAAUUCAAUAUUCAGGCCCUUUUGUUGUAUUCUUAAAAAUUGAUUUACUGUAUAUAGUGUA